AUGAACCCCAGCAGCGGAAAGCGCAGCGGGAAGACUUUCCUGUUCACGUCCGAGUCUGUGGGGGAAGGACACUCCGAUAAAAUGUGCGACCAGAUCAGUGAUGCUGUGCUUGAUGCAUUUCUCAGUCAGGACCCUGACUCCAAAGUGGCCUGUGAGUGUGUGGCAAAGACCGGCAUGAUUCUGCUAGUGGGAGAGGUGACAUCUAAAGCCAUUGUGGAUCUCCAGUCCGUGGUUCGAAAUACCAUCAAGAAGAUUGGCUAUGAUGACUCAUCAAAAGGUUUCGACUACAAGACCUGCAAUGUGCUGGUGGCUCUGGAGCCGCAGGCUGUGGAGAUAUCAGACUGUGUGUUUGAGGGGAGGGAUCAGGAGGACAUCGGUGCUGGGGACCAGGGCUUGAUGUUUGGAUAUGCCACUGAUGAAACUGAGGAGUGCAUGCCUCUGACCCUCCUACUGGCUCAUAAAAUCAAUUACAGGAUGAGGGAGCUUUCACAGAACAAAGAGUGUCCUUGGAUACUUCCAGACUCCAAGUCUCAGGUUACAUUGGAGUAUCGAGACAGUGAGGGAGCUCUGGAGCCUCUGCGUGUCCACACUGUGGUCAUCUCUGUGCAGCACAGUCCGGACAUCACCCUGCAAGAGAUUAGGCACAAUCUGAUGGAGAAGGUGGUGAAAGUUGUGAUUCCUGCCAAGUAUCUGGACGAUAGAACCAUCUACCAUCUGCUGCCCAGCGGCAAAUUUCUCAUGGGAGGCCCACAGGGUGACGCAGGCCUCACAGGACGUAAAAUAAUUGUUGAUACCUAUGGAGGCUGGGGCGGGCAUGGAGGUGGAGCUUUCUCUGGAAAGGACUAUUCCAAAGUGGAUCGGUCGGGGGCGUAUGCGGCACGUUGGGUUGCCAAGUCUUUCGUCAAAGCAGGGCUCUGCAAGAGGGCCCUUGUCCAGAUCUCAUAUGCCAUCGCCGUGAGUCAUCCGCUUUCUGUCACCGUGUUUCACUACGGCACGUCGGACCGGGAUGAGGAAGAACUGCUGCAGAUUGUGCAGAAAAACUUUGACCUACGACCUGGAGUCAUAGUGAGAGAGCUGGGUCUGAAGAGGCCGAUUUACCAGGCCACUGCGUGCUAUGGUCACUUUGGGAGAAAAGAGUUUCCAUGGGAACAACCAAAGAAACUUGUCUUUUAGCUCAUCAAGUGUGAUUGGUUAUGGCCAAGGUCAUUAACUCAAAUGGUUUUAGUGUUCUUUGAUUAGAAAUGAUAUCACCAUUUAGUAUACAGCCAUGAAACAAUAAAAAGUGUAAAAAAAAUGACCAAACAUUAAAUUUUACUAAAGGUGAAGUGGAGCAUCAUCUUUAUACAACAUGAAAAUGGUUCAGUCAUUCUCUUUUCAAUACAAUACAAACAUUUAAAUGUUUGUACUGUAAUCUAUGUAUACAAAUGUGUCUUUAUAUCAUACUUGCCAGCAUGGGGUUGUGAAAAUAGGGAAUGUUUUUUUCACAGAUGUGUUGGCCCACAGGGUUAUUACUUUUCAUUUCUGGCCUUGUAUUUUAAACCUAAUGAAGGAACCUUAUUCUGAAAAUUGUGUUUCUUUGAAAUUCAAUUAGUGAUUUUUAUGGACAAUGAAAAAAGCUGCUUUAAUCAUUAAAAUGAAUACUAGAAACUAAAUAGAGUUGUUACUAAACUGGGUGAUAAAACAGAUUUUUACCAUUACUGUCAUUCACUGCGAUCACCGCUGACAUGAAUAAAAUAAAUAAACUUAACUAACUUACAAGGGUGGCUGGUAUUUCCUUCCGCUUUAAGACACUGCAGGCAGGUGUGUAAUCAUACCGAUCCAGCCAGAAGCUCAAACAAAGAGAAUGGCAGAUGUGUCCAGUGAAGAAGCCUCUUACACAGCUGUAAACAAAAUUACAUCAGUUAAUCGCGUGGAUCCCAGUGAGAGCAAAGAAGAGAAGAAGUCAAGCACACGUCAGAGUUGAGCGUGCAGCAGGCUGGUUUUGAGUGAGGUGCGAGUUUAAAUGAUGCACAUUGUUCUCGCUGCACACUCAAUUCUGUAGUAGCUUGCCAAAAUUACGCCAUAGACGCUGAGCAAAAGAACACGAAAUGCAGAGUUUGUCUGAAAGCUGUUGGGACAACCUAAAGUAACACAUCCGACCUACGCCACCUACCGCACAACCACGCUUUUGAGCUUAAAGAUGUGCAAAAGGCGCCAUUACAUUUGCAUACAAUUGUUUUCAAGAAAGGUAAAAAAUUUUCUCCUGUUAAAUGAGCAAUGAAUGUCUUUUAUAUAUAUAUUUUAGAUAUU